GAAAAUAGGUCAAGAAUCCCAUUUUAUUUCAAGAAAAAAUACAUGAAAACUCAAAAAAAUCAUUCAUGUGAAAAAGAUUAAAAACGCUGCUCAUUAAAAAUAUAAUUGCUGGGUGGUAUGGUAACACAAACAAAUAUUUUAAUGUCUAUGGUAGAAAAUAAAUUCGUUCAACGCAUAUUGCGUUCAAUACAUUUUUUUUUGUUUGUCGGGAAUGUAUAGAAAUCCGAUUAUAGCACUAACUUAUCGACGUUUAUAUACGUACAUCGGAAUACAAAAGUUUUGUGACUGCAAGCAAUAGAACGAGACGUCUGCAAUAUGUCGGACUAUUUGGAAAUAUUUUUAGAUUAAGCUUAGCUUAGUACUCGUGUAUAGAACUAAUUCAAAGGUUUAUUUUAGUAUAAUCCACAGUAUGCAAGAUAUUUGACAAUCAAUAAUCCGAGAUCGAUAAGAAGAAGACCUGUGCGAGAUUGGAGAAGGUCUCGGCCGUAUGCUUGACUCGCGUGGAGUGGGCGAUGCGCGUGAAGGCCGCCACGACGGUCUGACGGCGCGCGAGCCUCCGCCGCGAGCGCGCGACUGACAACAUGGAGCAACUCGUUCAGUGCCCCGUGUGCACCCUCUUCCUCCACAAUGGCAUGUCCCUGGAGUCCCACCUCGACACCCACCCUAAAGAUCAAGUUAUCAAAGCCCUGUGCAACCUAUCUGCUAACAAUGUCGGGUUUGGAAGCCGGACUUCCACACCCGCUCACUCGGAGCGCUCGUACAGGAGUAGGUCAAGGACUCCCGCUGAGGACAGCCCUCGGUGGAGUGGCCGCAGCAUCGACAAUGAGAGAUACUGGCGACGGACCCCCAGCAGGAGUUCCAAGACCCCUGCAUCCAGUAUUGCUAGAAAUGCAACACCAGCAGAUAUGCAAAUGGGUGACAUCAACUUUGAAAAUAAUUCCAAUAAUGCAACAUCUAGCCCUUAUCCAGCUAUGUCAUUUAUGAAGCCUGACAAGUCUAGUCAGCCCUUCAUGCAGAAUGUGCCCGGCCCGGAGUUUGAUCCACAGUAUGUGUACUACCCGGAGCAGCAGGAGGACAAGGAGAUCAAGUAUUCACGCAGCGCUGAGUACAGUGCCAUAGACAACACUAGUAAUGUGCUUACAUAUAAUAUGCCAUCUGUGGCCCCAGCGGCCAAGAUACAGGCAGCCUUGAUGCCUGGAGGCUCGGGCUCCCGCAGAAAUAAUGACCUUGUAAAAAUACUUCCUAAACCUAAUAAUAUACUUGUUAAGGCCAAUGUGGGAGGAGUGCAAUAUAUUACUCCUGGAGUGAAGCCCAUGCACCUGGUGGUGCCCACUGCACCUACAUUUGUGCAGAAAAGUGUUCAAAACAAUAUGAUUGUGUCAGGGAGUAUACCUACCAGCCAGAUCAUGGAGCCCAAGUCUGUAGCAUCACCACUAGCCAGCAGCAGUAGUACCUUCAACCAGUUGUCAACAGGCACUUUCACUCCAGGCACUACAGUGGUCACACAGAAUUCACAGAUUAUCUACAGGGAAAUGGUACAUAAUAUAGAUGGGAAACCUUUCAUUACCAGCAUGCCCACAGUGCUCAGUGGCCAUGACAAUGUGACUAACGUAGCUGCCACUAGCUCUAUGUACCAGAAUGUCAUGGUGGUGGACCAGUUUGGCAACACAUCUUGUAUGUACACCACUCCUCAGCAGAUUCUCUCCAAGCAAUGCAACCCACCGGUGUAUAGCGAAAUAUCUGUGAGUAACCUGGAGAAAUCACUGUCUAAUCCUAGUAAUAUUAAUAAUGAAUCCAAUAAAACUUUGAUAAUUGAAGUGGGCCCCAUAGUGGGGCCGCCGGUAGAAGUUUGCAGCACCAGCAUGAACACUAGCACUUCGCAAGCUUCGCAGACGAUUUCAGACAUUUCCACUACACCUGGCCCAGACAGGCAAGUAGAAAGGAAUGACAUGCCUGGGUCCAGUAAAGGACUGAAAAUUCUUAGCAAUAUUAAGGUGGAAGUGCCAGUACAGCAUCACAAAAAUUUGCUCAAUACCAUUGUAGACCUCACAGGAUCCCAGGAGCCUGAAUACUCGGAGCGAGCCACCUCUCCGGAGCGGAUCCUGCCUGACUUUGAGGAUAACCACCACAGCCUGUCUGGGGACUGCCUGCAGCCCACCACUAGUAACGAUAGUGUAGUUUCGAAUACAUUCUCUGUGAUAAAAAACGUCGGGAAUCCUCCCUCGUACAAAGACUCAGUUUCCAAGUCUUCUGUUGUAGAUAAUAAAAUUGAUAAUGAAUUUUCUGAUAGCUGCCCCAUGCCCGACCUCAUUUGCAACGAAAAACCGUCAAUAUCGCCGUGCAGCGAGCUCUCAGAGAGCGGGGAUAACUCCACUGAUAGAAUUUCCAUAUCGCCGAAGCCUGAAACGCCGGCGCCCGUAGAACUACUCGUAGAGACCACUAAACCACCUCUGAAGCCCUCCUUCAGGAACACGCCUUUAAGACUGAACAAUAUCUUUGUCAAGAAGCAUAAAAAGAUUUUAGAAAUUAAGAAUUCCAAAAGUUUCACAGUGACGCCAUGCAGCAGUAAAGACCUGCAAGUGGGGCCGUCGUCGUCGGCGCGCCCGCCCGAGAACUUCACCAUGAAUAAAAUUCACAGCAUCGACACGAGCGAAAACGAAAGAGCCGAGACCUUGCAAACCAUCACCGUGGAAGUGUGCAACGACAACGACAACGACAGCCGGCACGAGUUCGACGCAGACACGGAGGAGCAGUCGAUGGAUCUGGAGCCCGUGGCGUGCUCUAGCAUCCGCGACUCGAGUCAGCACUCGUCCGUGCAGGUGAAGGAGGAGAUCAACUCCAGCAACGAGGGUGGCUUCAGCAACGACCGCGGGCUCGCGCCGCUCGAGGCCAUGCGCCCCAUCAACGUGAUCGCCUACGGCGCCAUGGCCGAGUUCGACGACGAGUCCAACCACAAGGAGCUGCUGGAGCUUGAGGCGUCCUCAAAGAACAAGCAGUUCGUGAGCAUGAUGAACGACAACUACUUCGGGGACAACAUAUACGCGGACUACUUCACGCCGGAGAGGGAAGCGUUCGAGGCGCGCGAGAAGGACGCGUACCUGUGGGGCUCGGGGCAGCGGGACGGCGAGUUCGUGCUGCCCACCUUCAUCCACGAGAGCUACAAGAUCGCGGACAGCGGCGCCGAGUACGCGGAGCUGCGCGAGCGCGACGCCAAGCCUGACGAGCGCCGCGCCGCGCAGGACAACCCGGACAUGGAGUCGCCCUGGACUGGGAUGUACCGCGAGGUGGCGGCCGAGGGCUACGACCUGCUGGCCCGCGAGAGCUGGCUGUCCGACGGCGACGAUAAUGAAACUGCGGAGAAGUCAGAUUGUUUGGAGGCGGGGCGGGCGGCGUGCGGGCUGUGCCGCGCCGUGCUGGCGUCGCGCGCCGAGCUGCGCGCGCACCGCGCCCUGCUGCACGCGCACGCGCACCGCGCGCCCCGCCCGCCCGGCGGCCGCGCGCCCGCCAUCAAGCAGGAGGACAAGCCUGACGCAGUCGCGCCGCCCGCAGAAACAGACACUUUGCUCCUGCCAGACUCUAAAGAAGCUCUAACAUCGAGCAUCCUGUACCCGGGCGGGCUGGAGACCAAGCCCGUCAUCAUUAAGCAGGAGCCUCGGCGGCGGCGGAGAGACCACACGUGCCCCACGUGCAAGGUGGACCAGGGUUCGGAGGCGGCGUUCACGGCACAUUUGAAGCUGCACCCGCUGGAGUGCCUGACGUGCGGCAAGUGCUUCUUCCGGCGCGCCAACCUCGCUUUACAUCUCAAGACGCACCAGGGCAUCAAGAACUUCAAAUGCGAGGUGUGCGAGAAGCGGUUCCUGACGCGGCAGAAGCUGCAGGAGCACCACAACACGCACACGGGCCGCGCGCCCUACAAGUGCACCGUGUGCGACGACACCUUCCGCCGCUACUCCAACAUGGUGCAGCACAGAGACCGGCACCACCUGCACAAGAAGCGGCUGGUGCGCGACUUCGUGUGCGCGUGCGGCGCCGUGUUCCACUCGCGCGCCAAGCUGCGCUGGCACGCCGAGACGCACGCCGCGCGCCCGCACGCCUGCCCCACGUGCGGCGACAAGUUCCUGCACCAGGCCUCGCUCACCCGCCACGUGCGCCGCGCGCACGACCCCGCCUACACCGACACGCAGCGCCCCAGGCAGCAGAACGUGCCCUGCCCCGUCUGCAAGCAGGUGUACCUGCGCUCGAACCUGCGCGCGCACCUGCUGACGCACUCGGGCAAGCGGCCGUACGUGUGCGUGGUGUGCUCCAAGGCCUUCACCACCAAGUGGAACCUCAAGCUGCACCGCUGGACGCACGCCUCGCGCUCCGCCAAGCCCUACAAGUGCACGCUGUGCAAGGGCGCCUUCAUCCGCCACUCCGAGUACGUGUCGCACAUGAACGCGCACAAGGCCGUGCGCCCCUACACCUGCAACUACUGCGGCUGCCAGUUCAUCCGCAAGUACAACUGCCAGCGCCACGUGCGCGAGCACGAGACGGCCAAGCGGUACGUGUGCAAGGUGGCCGAGUGCGGCAAGUCCUUCCACCGCUCCUACUACCUGUCCGAGCACAUGAAGGUCCACAGCGGCGCGCGGCCCUUCGCGUGCGGCGUGUGCGGCAAGCUGUCCGGCAACAAGUCCAACCACAACAAGCACGUGCGCAUCCACCACGCGCGCGAGCCCGUCGCCAGCGAGGCCUAGGCCCGUGCCGCCGGCACCACCGCUGCUUCUAAUGGCUUCUGUCCGAGAACAGCUCCAUUUCACUCUUCAUUUUGGAACGAAUCGUGUCGAUCAGUCAAAUUUCUCCGUUACAAGAUCAGUAAAUCAGAUUAUUAACGAUUACUUUUAUCCAAUCUGACCCCUUAUCGCAUAUGAAGCCAUAUAUGGUGGAUAUGAUAUUCAACUCUAUUGACAACUAUUAAAGUUCAAAUUUCAACAAAUAUUUUUUAUUACACGCGAUAAGGGGCUAAUGUUGACGUAACUUACUGCGGAGCAAAAAUUGGUCACUCGAGACACUUCUGUCGUGACUCACCCAGAGUCAUCUGUCCGCAGCUACAGAACAACUCAAUAAAUAUGAACAUGGUCACUCGAGACACUUCUGUCGUGACUCACCCAGAGUCAUCUGUCCGUAGCUACAGAACAACUCAAUAAAUAUGAACAUGGUCACUCGAGACACUUCUGUCGUGACUCACCCAGAGUCAUCUGUCCGUAGCUACAGAACAACUCAAUCAAUAUGAACAUGGUCACUCGAGACACUUCUGUCGUGACUCACCCAGAGUCAUCUGUCCGUAGCUACAGAACAACUCAAUCAAUAUGAACAUGGUCACUCGAGACACUUCUGUCGUGACUCACCCAGAGUCAUCUGUCCGUAGCUACAGAACAACUCAAUCAAUAUGAACAUGGUCACUCGAGACACUUCUGUCGUGACUCACCCAGAGUCAUCUGUCCGUAGCUACAGAACAACUCAAUCAAUAUGAACAUGGUCACUCGAGACACUUCUGUCGUGACUCACCCAGAGUCAUCUGUCCGUAGCUACAGAACAACUCAAUCAAUAUGAACAUGGUCACUCGAGACACUUCUGUCGUGACUCACCCAGAGUCAUCUGUCCGUAGCUACAGAACAACUCAAUAAAUAUGAACAUGGUCACUCGAGACACUUCUGUCGUGACUCACCCAGAGUCAUCUGUCCGUAGCUACAGAACAACUCAAUCAAUAUGAACAUGGUCACUCGAGACACUUCUGUCAUGACUCAUCCAGAGUCAUCUGUCCGCAGCUACAGAACAACUCAAUCAAUAUGAACAUGGUCACUCGAGACACUUCUGUCAUGACUCAUCCAGAGUCAUCUGUCCGUAGCUACAGAACAACUCAAUAAAUAUGAACAUGGUCACUCGAGACACUUCUGUCGUGACUCACCCAGAGUCAUCUGUCCGUAGCUACAGAACAACUCAAUCAAUAUGAACAUGGUCACUCGAGACACUUCUGUCAUGACUCAUCCAGAGUCAUCUGUCCGUAGCUACAGAACAACUCAAUAAAUAUGAACAUGGUCACUCGAGACACUUCUGUCGUGACUCACCCAGAGUCAUCUGUCCGUAGCUACAGAACAACUCAAUCAAUAUGAACAUGGUCACUCGAGACACUUCUGUCGUGACUCACCCAGUGUCAUCUGUCCGCAGCUACAGAACAACUCAAUAAAUAUGAACAUGGUCACUCGAGACACUUCUGUCAUGACUCACCCAGAGUCAUCUGUCCGUAGCUACAGAACAACUCAAUCAAUAUGAACAUGGUCACUCGAGACACUUCUGUCGUGACUCACCCAGAGUCAUCUGUCCGUAGCUACAGAACAACUCAAUCAAUAUGAACAUGGUCACUCGAGACACUUCUGUCAUGACUCAUCCAGAGUCAUCUGUCCGCAGCUACAGAACAACUCAAUCAAUAUGAACAUGGUCACUCGAGACACUUCUGUCAUGACUCAUCCAGAGUCAUCUGUCCGUAGCUACAGAACAACUCAAUCAAUAUGAACAUGGUCACUCGAGACACUUCUGUCACGACUCAUCCAGAGUCAUCUGUCCGCAGCUACAGAACAACUCAAUCAAUAUGAACAUGGUCACUCGAGACACUUCUGUCAUGACUCAUCCAGAGUCAUCUGUCCGUAGCUACAGAACAACUCAAUCAAUAUGAACAUGGUCACUCGAGACACUUCUGUCACGACUCAUCCAGAGUCAUCUGUCCGUAGCUACAGAACAACUCAAUCAAUAUGAACAUGGUCACUCGAGACACUUCUGUCAUGACUCAUCCAGAGUCAUCUGUCCGCAGCUACAGAACAACUCAAUCAAUAUGAACAUGGUCACUCGAGACACUUCUGUCAUGACUCAUCCAGAGUCAUCUGUCCGUAGCUACAGAACAACUCAAUCAAUAUGAACAUGGUCACUCGAGACACUUCUGUCACGACUCAUCCAGAGUCAUCUGUCCGCAGCUACAGAACAACUCAAUAAAUAUGAACAUCCCUAUAAGCCCUAUCAGUUUCUUGUUGGCUGCCACCUCUAAAACGGAUCGGUCGGAUAUUUUAUAUUGCCAUGUUUUAACAUCACUCAAACCAAAGUAGCUAAUACUAUAUACCAGUUGAUUAGAAUUUUAUAUUUUUUAAGGUGUGAUUUACCUCAUAUUAUGCAUUUCUUGCCUAUUCCACAGUCAAUCAUUACAACAUUUUGUGUCGAUUUUUGCUCCAAUGUAAUGAUUUUGAUUGGAUUGCCAUCGUUCCACGCCGAGACAGCUCCUCCUCCGACCGUCGUCUGGCGACUUGUAAAUAUCUAGUUAAAAUUGAUUUUGAAUUGUAAACUGUAAAUACAGGACCAAGUGUACAUGGGCGCAGCAUUUUACUGGCGUAGGGACAGUCCCCCGCCGCGGCCUCCGACGCUACACGCGACACGUUCCAAGGAAAUAAGCUAUAAAAUAGUAGAAUUAAAGUAUAAUGGAAAAAUUAAUGCCAUGACAUGAGUGAGAAAGCUAGGAGGCUAUCGUCGGUGCCACCUACGUUUAUUGUCGGUAUACACUGUUUAUUAAUAAUCUUAGUUCUUACAUUAUUGUGACGUUUUCUGCACAUAAUCGGUUCUCAAUAAGGUGCUUCUGCCAUAAAGAUGAAAUUAGAAAUAUAGCCUUUAUCAAAAACCAACAUUAAGGAAAAUAUUGCUUGAAACCGUCACAAUUAUAACUUUUCUAUCAAAUAGAAGAGACGAGUCAGUCAUGUCAUGUGAUCGUAUCACGUAUCACAAGUUUGGCGAGUGUCAUGUGUGUCGCGUCGCGUCGUGUCGGGUGCCGUGUCGUGUCGGGCGUCGUGUCCUGCACGUCGAGUCGAUCAGGGCAUGUCGGCAAGUACCCCGCUCGUACUCAAUUUAUUUAUUUAAGGAUCGACUCAUUGCAGACUUGGCGAUGAGUUUGGACAAAUGAAGUUAAUUACCUCAAGUUAUGAAAUUGCAGAAAAAACGAAACGAAAAUAAUACUUGCCAAAUAGUGUCAGUAAAUAUUACUGUUUCUUUUGUAAGUCAUGUUGAGGAUAUGAUACAAGUCUGGGGUUUCAAAUGUAUGUUGGUGUUUCAUAGCAAUGAUCGAAACGCUUGUAAAACGAGACUUGUGUCACUCCUGUAGCACACCUCAGACGAUUGUAAAUAAGUAGUUGUUCGAUUGUGAAGCUUCAUUUUGUACAUGAUCCUCCCAAACUCUUUACAGAAAUAGAGUAGGCUCUCCGCCCGGAACACAAACCCUGCGUUCCCGGUUUAUUUACUGUACAUAGUAUCUAAUUUUGUUAUAUUAUAAUUUACUUAUUGUUUAGUUCAAUAAUGGAAUUUAGAAAGAGUUGACACAUGUUCGAGUAUUGCAUCUGCCACGAGGGAGCCGCGGGCGCGGCCACUCGUAGUGAAAUCGUGGGCGCACAUUACAAUUAAUAUGUUGGAGGGCUGCAAAACUAGUAGGUAGGGCAACCUUUCUUUACCAUACCAUUAAAUAGUAUAUUACAUACUUUCGAUAGUAAAGUACGAAAUGUCUCAAAUCACCUGUAAUUGCCAAUUAGCCGAGGCGAAGCCGAGGUCGACAAACCCGAGGCUUUCUUAUUUACUGGACGAGGUGUGUAUACUAUUUUUCUGUACGACGAAGCCGGAAAGCGGUAACUUUACUGCAACGGGCCGAAAGUUAACGCUUUUCGGCCGGAGGGCAGAAAAACUAUUAUUUAAAGUAUCAUCACAAAACUUGUAAUUGUACAAAUCAUAAAUCAGUUAAUUUAAUCUACAUCAUCCUAAAAUUAAUUGUAAUCUUCCAUGGAAGGGAAAAACAGCUGCCAAAACUUGAUUUGUAAAAUUUCCGUCCACGUUUUCACUAUAAAGGCUCAUUUAGACGGUGCGAGAAUUCGCACUCGUGUUUUAUUACCGAUAGUUGAGGGGUCGGCUGAAUUGAAAGUUACCUCAGUGUAACUAAAAUUGCAUGCGAGUUCGCGCGCUGCCUAAAUGAGCCUUAAGUCUGUUUCCACAAAAACGUGUCACCUCUCGAAUGCACUCGCUAUUAUUAAUACAGCCAAAUAACAAGCAAUAUGAAUUGAAACAUAAAGAGCUGAAAUGGUGUGUCUCCGUCGUGUUAAAACACAUCAACAUCACAUGACAGCGUCGCGAGGGGCUAUUUAAAAUCCCACAAAGAUUCCUAAGAUUCCAAAUAGUCCGAUUUCAAAUUCCGAAGGGGUUUCAAAUAGACCCCCGCAACGGAGACGUCCAGUCUACGUCUGCUUCAUUCACAGCGAUAGGACAAGUGUGGUACUCGUAAAUACAGCUACACCUUUUGUCGCGUUUGAAGGAUAAAGAGGACUAGAUAACAUAGACCAUUUGGUUUUUCUGACGUCCUUUAAUGUUGGACAGGGACAGAUGUGGCAUAGACAGAUGCAGUAUAGUUGGCGAGUGCGAGCGAGAGCGCCGCGGCCAGCAGGAGCCAUGUGCAAUGAUUGUUGAUCUUAUUGUUUGUUUUUGAUUUCAAUUUAAUAUAAAUUUCAUUAUGUAAUAAGCGCUGGUGGCCUAGCGGUAAGAGCGUGCGACUUGCAAUCCAGAGGUCGCGGGUUCAAACCCCGGCUCGUACCAAUGAGUUUUUCGGAACUUAUGUACGAAAUAUCAUUUGAUAUUUACCAGUCGCUUUUCGGUGAAGGAAAACAUCGUGAGGAAACCGGACUAAUCCCAACAAGGCCUAGUUUAUCCUCUGGGUUGGAAGGUCUGAUGGCAGUCGCUUUCGUAAAAACUAGUGCCUAUGCCAAAUCUUGGGAUUAGUUGUCAAGCGGACCCCAGGCUCCCAUGAGCCGUGGCAAAUGCCGGGACAACGCGAGGAAGAAGAAGAUAAAUUUCAUUAUGUAUACAUUUAAAACGACACAGUCCGAUACUACAUCGAGAGCUCACGAUUAACAACUUUAAAGUUGGAAUUUUCGGAGGUGAUUUUUUCGGAUUAAACCCCUAAUCUGAUAACCAAAAGGUAUCGUUUCUUUUAUGUAGCGGUUACUACUGCUACUGACCGAACGGGAACAAACCCUUUUAAAAAGCAAUUUUACGAUCGUAUUUAAUGGUUUAAAUUUAUGUAACAGCAAACUUUUCAACUGAUUGACCGCCCACAGUCGACUGAUCGUCCUACACUGUUAUCUCCGAUGGAGAUCAUCUUUUAUUUAACACAUUAGGGGUUUUAGCCCAAAAAAUCACCUCAUAAAAUUUCAACUGUACCUUUAACCUUUAGCGGCCCACAAACAAGAACACUUGGCGGUCAAAUUUGAAUCAAUGGUAUUAGAAAAUAGGACAAAUUUAAAUUUCAUUUUGAGAUAAUUUGUACUAGAACUGGGACUACACGACGCUAGAGGUUAAAAGCUGAAAGUGGCAUGAUCUCAUGUAGUUUCGGACAUAAAAAUGCGCUAUUGGAAAGAGGGGUAGAGUCCUAGCGCAGUAAAGUAUUUGACUAUUUUUUUAGUUCAAUAACAUCACAAGCGAUUGACGGUUUUGUGUACGUGUUAGACAUUUCCCCCCUAAAUUUAUCUGGUGGGGGCAGGCAGUUGAAUUGUGGACAGCGAACAGCAGUUUUAAAUUAAUUGAGAUUAAUUUUGAAAUGAAAUGAAAUUUAUUAUUAAUAACAGAGUUAAAUAUCACAACAUUAAUAAUAUUAAUACAAUAUAAUAUGGACAUUUAUUUCGUAAAUUUUAUUUGUCAAAUCCGAGAACAUACAUAUUUUCGCGAUAUGUUUUUAUUUAAAGAAUUUUAGGUUUUAUUUAAUAAAAUGUUGAUAAUUAUUUCGUCUAACCUUGAACGCCGCGAUGGAAGUUGCAUUUCUUACAGCAGUGUCAGGAGGGAUUUGUUCAGUGAAUCGUUCCAAUAUUGACUUUUCCUGUCUGAGCAAUUUUUUUAUGCCCUAUCCAUACGGUUUAUGUAAUGAAAAGUUUGGUCAUAUAUAACAACCAUGCGAUGCAAAAAUGAUUUAAACUGCUUUGAUACUUAUUUUAUGGUAAAUUAUUCCAUCAAUAAUUAAAUGAUUAUGAAGAAAUAUAAAGGAAUUUCGCUAACCUUAAUCCAAUUGUUUGCCAAUCGCGUAGUCAGUACCCGGGCACGGGCGGGGCCGCCGCCGACACGUCGAGGCCCCGCCGCGCACCACGCCAGCUGUGUUCAGUCAAAACACCACCAUAUUCUUUCAUUUCAUGUAAAACAAUGAUCUCGUAUUUUUUUAAACUACAUAAAACGUUAAUGUUUUGUUUUUUUUUUUUAAUUAUUCUAAUAUGAAUUAAGCAUUUAGUUAUAAUUCGCUCUGUACUCGGUUCUUAGAGAAAUUGGUUAUUUAUUUUAUGUAAGUUAAUGGUAACGAUAGUUUUAUUGUUGUAAAUAAUAUAGUGUAUUUUGUAACGUGGGUCGUACACCAAAACUCGGUUCGGCGGGGUCACUGGACUGAAAGGUUUGUGUCUGCAAUAAAUUAUCGUAAGGACUUA